GGCUCAAACAAAAUCAUACACAAGUGUUGUUUUUGUAUCGUUCUUAUAUUCCUCGAGAAAACAAAAAUAUGUCAAAAGCCCUGAAGAAGAUAGUCGAUGAAACUAAAGAGCAUGGAUAYACUGAAUUAGAUCUUUGUGAUCGUGGUAUUUCGAACAUUUCUGAUAUCCCAAAUCUGACGAAGCUACGAAAUCUUUCAAGACUGACUUUAAGUCAUAAUAAGAUAACAACUCUGCCUUCUUCAAUAGUAGAACUUCAAAACUUGGAAACAUUGAAUCUUUUCAACAAUCACAUUGAGGAUCUGCCAAUUUCACUUGGUUCAUUACCAAAACUCAGACAUCUAAAUCUUGCGGUUAAUAGGCUUAGUACUUUACCCAAGGGUCUUGGAACAGCCUCUGCUUUAGAGAUUCUCGAUGUCACUUACAACAACCUAAGUGAACAAUCGCUUCCAGGAAACUUUUUCAUUAUGAGUCAACUAAGAGCUCUUUAUUUUGGAGACAAUGACUUUGAAAGAAUUCCAUCAGAAAUAUCACAUUUAAAGAAUUUACAAGUGUUAGUGUUACGUGACAAUGAUAUUGUUGAACUGCCUCCUGAACUGGGAGAAUUGAGCAAACUCAGGGAACUUCAUGUACAGAAUAAUAGACUGAUGGUGUUGCCUCCAGAACUGGGUGCUUUGAAUCUUGGCAGCCCCAGGCAUGUUUUUAAAGUGGAUGGGAAUUCUUGGAUUCAACAAAUUGAGGAUCAAGUGGUGUUAGGAGUAUCUCAUGUCAUGGACUACAUAAGAACUGAUACAUACAAAGGAAUCUAUGAAAAUCAUGUGAAGUCUCCUCCUGCUCCUCCUCCAAAGAAGGAGAAAGAAAAGACGCUAAAAAAGAGCAGAAAAAAGAACUGAUGGUAAUAGCUAUCUAAUAAAUUGAUUAUAUUGAAAAACUAAAUAUUUUUAAGUUUAAAACUGUAAUUUAUCAAGACAUAAUACAAGUACAUUUUUAUCAAACUGUGUUGCUGUUAUAAGAAAUAUUUACUGUAGAGUAGCAGUGACAAUGUGUAGGAAGAAAAACUCUUGCUCCUAAGAAUAUCGUUUCCUGAAGCCAAUACCAAGUUUCUUUUUUAAUUCGUAUUUGAAAAGGAUAAAAUGAUAUUGUAGUUAUGCAAUUCUGUUCAAGGUCCUUUUUGGGUUAAAAGGAAUUCUGGUSUGGUUACUGCCUUAACAGUAUUGUAAUGGUAGCGUGUUUGUGCAUGCAAUCUUAAUUGUUUGUACAUGUAUAUCCAAUGUAAUUUCUAUGUACUUCAAAGAGAAUAUUUGAAGUCUAUUGAUGUGAAACAAGUGGAAAUUCUAUUAUAUUUUUUAGAUAUUAAAUAGCAUUAAUAGUAUAAGUGUA